AUGGCAGCCUCAACCACCUCCCACAGACCUAUCAAGGGCAUCUUGAAGAAGAAGGGCAGCGCUGACAGCGCCGUCUUGUCAGCUGCCGAGCUCGCGGGGUCUCCCGGUCCAAGUAGUGGAGUACGCGCCGGUGCUGGUAGUGGCGAAGAGCUCAGCAAGAAAUCCCAGAAGUGGGACGAAAUGAGCAUCCUGGCCACUUACCGCCCGGCGAAUAAAGACUCUGGGUUCAUGAACAUCAAUGAUCCCAACGUGCCCUACCACUCCACAAUGGGAGACGCCGAAGACGAAUCCAUCAGCGACUCGGAGAUCCCGCAGACCAAGGCCCCCGAGUUCUUGGCGCAGAGGUUGGCAGUCGCCCAGGGGAGGGAACCCAAGUUCCUGGUGCGCUGGGGUGAGAGCAGUGAAGACGAAGAAGAUCUCAGGAGGCAGUUCGAGUUAAAGAGGAAGCUCCAUUACAGCGAGGGCCUGAACAUCAAGCUUGCCCGGCAGCUCAUCUCCCAGGAGCUCCUCGGGGACAUGGAAGACGGAGCCCCUCAAGACCAGGAGAUGCAAGAGGAGGCCUUUGAGAUGGAAAGCUCAGGCACGAGCUCGUCACCUGGUAAAGUGUCCACCAUGGACAACGAAGACUAUGACAUCAGUAAGCAGAGUGCCCUUCAGCCCUCUGCCCACAAAUCCCCACGCCCCCUCCCGCUCGGGCUCCCGCCGGGGCCCCCGGAAAGCACUAGGCCGCCUCUAGGCCCUUCCAUCCUGUUUCUGCCGGCGUCUGGCCCAGCCCGCUACGUCCCCGUCCGGGUCCAGGUCCUGUCCCGGGGCUUUCCGAGCUGA